AUGAGGUGGUGCGUGAAUAGCGUGGAUGAAAUGAAAAUGCGAGGGAGUAUAUGCAAGAGAAGACGACACGUCACACUAAACGCGGACGGAGGGGAGAUGCGUAUGGAUACAAAAAAGGGUGACAACUCGAGCUUAAAGCCCCAAGUUUUCUAUAAAAGAGCGGAUAAGAAAUUUUUAAAGUUGACAAGCAACGAUAGCAGAGAUUCGUUAGGGCAUCGAGCGUGGGUUGGUUCAUUUCAUGAUCGUGAGGAGGGCGUCAAGCGUAAGGAUCAUGAUGAGGAUAAAGAUAGCGUCAAGCGUCAGGCGCCGAGUUGUGGGUUUUUGUGUGUGGCAAGGACAACGGUUGUGCGAGUGAGACGAGGGCGGCUGUGCGAGUUGAUGCGCAGGGACUUGGACGUCAAAUGGGUAUGGGACAGAAAGACGUCCGGUCUAAAGGAACUGAAUGGAUCAUCAGCUCAAGCUUCCACCUAUGCUUAUAAAAGAAUAUACGCACUAGAACGGGGAGGCGGGGAGUAA